UUUGUUUACUUUCUCGGUCUGUUUGAUGUUUUUUAUUUUUUGACCACAUUCGCUUUAUUUUUAAGGCACUUCGCGUGUGUUUGAAAGGAAAUAUUUUAAUAUAGAGCAAAAAGAACUUUAGAUGAAAGGAUCAAAAUUAUUACAAGAACACGCGUCACAUCGAAAGAUUUGCUACGUUCCCACAAAUUAAUUCAAACGUGGAAUUCAUGCUUAUGUCGCAAUUUAAGCAAAGGCAAUUUUCGACUAAGGAAAACUUUAAGAAACGUGAUAAACCAAGCACAGAGUAACUAGAUAGAAUAUUCUUAGCUCUGUAUAUAUGCCAAUAGUACAAAGAGCAACCUUCUUAGGCGAAUCGUUAAUAAAACCAGCUACGAAAAGAGGAUAAUACUUAGUUCACGAAUUUUCCUCUUCAAUAGUCUUUCGUUCGCGAAUGUAAUAUGAUUUACUCGUUGUGAAAAUUCUUGAUAAUACAACAGUAAAAAUUCCGCGCGCCGUGCGUGAUAUAAAAAUCGUUCUUUUUUGCUUGGAAACGAUUAUCUUCUUUAUGUUUUAUGGUUAAAGAAGCGUUUCAAACAUCCUGGUCGCAUCGAUCGGUUCUUACAUAACUGAGGAAAAACGUAAUGAGAGAAACGACGGCCGUUUAAUACAUCAUCACUUCUUGAGUAAAAGAUUCGUUAGAAGUGUUUGAAAAGACAAGAGAAAAUAUAACUUUACGAUGUGAAUUUUUUCAUAGAAACUAUUUAAAAACUGUGCAGGAUUUGUGUAAGGUAUUUAGGAAAUUUUGCAUGAAUAUCUAAAAUUCGUGAAGAAUAUUUAAAAUGUUAUUUUAAUGUCUGAGUUUUAAGGAAAUGGUGAGUUAAUUAAACGAUGAAUGUAAAGGAGAUAAAGGUAUGAUUUAAAAGGUAUUAAAAAAUGUUUCUUUUAAUAGUAUGUCUUAAUAUGAAGAUUGCAGGGACAGAACAUGACGUAUGUAUAAGUCACGUUCUUCAUAUUAUAUGAGAUUAAUUCUAAAAUAAUAAAGUAAUUUUGUUCGUACAUUUAAGAUCAAAUAAUAAAUUAAAAACAUCGCAGUAAAUGCAGCACGUUCGUGGCUGCACAAUAUAAUUCUCGCUGUAAUUCGAUGUCUCUGUGACGAUAAUUCUGAUCCAAUUCCUCGAAACGUCAGAUAUAUGUUUCUUAGAGAUUCUAAUAAAAUGUUAAGUGCAAAAUGUAACAAAAUUGUGAACACAUAAAUUAAACAAUUGCAACUUGGCUGUCAGCAAAGAGGAAAGAAUCAGUGGAUGAUUUUAUUCAAAGUCAAGAUAAUCAAUCAAGUAAUUCCUCCACUUUGUGAACGACGCUAGAAGAAUAUUAACUACAAACGUUGAUCAAUUUAAUUAUACAUUUGAUCAAAUCGUUAAGAACUCUUCAAGAUCGGAACAAGGAAAGAAACGCUUUUGUGAUUAAAGAAACGAUUUCACAGGAGUGGAAAUUAUUGAUGAAGAGGUGCACGUGAAUAAUCGACAUGCAACAUCCCGAAAUGCGUUUUACAUCGAUGUUGGCAAACGCCGCGAAAAGGUGAUUAACAGUCGUCCGUUGUCCCACAGAAAGAAUUGUGGGAGAAAAAUCGAGAAUGGAACUGAACGCGUUUGUCAUCUAUGUUGCGAGCUUGGCGAUAGCAUCGAUAGCCUUCAUCGAUACGAUAAACGCGAACCCACCGUACUACGUGAAACCCAUCGAGGACGAGAACGAUUACGCUCGUGUGCUGGAGCUUUCGCUUUUGUUUUACGAGGCACAACGAUCGGGAAAGCUGCCGGAGAACAAUCGAAUCCCAUGGAGAGAGGACUCGGCGCUCGACGAUCGAGGACUGAACGGAGAAGAUUUGACCGGAGGCUAUUAUGAUGCUGGUGAUUUCGUGAAGUUCGGUUUUACUAUGGCUUCGACAACUACCCUUCUGGCUUGGGGCGCCGUCAGUUGGCCAGAAGCUUACAACGCGGCUGGCCAACUCGACGAACUUCGUAAAGCCAUCAAAUGGGCUACAGACUACUUCAUCAAGUGCCAUGUAAGCGAAUAUGUCUUUUACGGGCAAGUCGGGGAUUUCUCAUUAGAUCACACGUUUUGGGGGAGACCAGAAGAACUGAAUACCACCAGACCUGCCUAUAAAAUUGAUCCGGAACACCCAGGAUCCGAUCUAGCAGGUGAAACAGCUGCUGCCCUCGCAGCAUCCAGUAUGGUAUUUCGUAAUCACGAUCCAGAAUACAGUGCUAAAUGUUUGAAACACGCCAAGGAAUUGUACAAGUUUGCCAAUGAAUAUCGAGGGCUUUAUCACGAAGCGAUCCGUGGAGCAGCUCAGUAUUACGAGAGCACGGAUUAUGGUGACGAAUUGGCUUGGGCGGCGGUGUGGCUGUUCAAGGCAACGAACGAUACAAUAUAUCUCGAGGAUGCUGAACAUCAUUACCAGCAUUUCCAUCUCAAAGAGAGACCGAACGAAUUCUUUUACAACAAGAAGGUCGCUGGCGUUCAGGUCUUGUUGGCACAGAUGACAGGGCAACCGGAAUAUCAGAACGCGGCACGUGCUUUCUGCGAUUUCUCGGUGCGCCAGCAAAAACGCACGCCGAAGGGAUUGCUGUACAUCGACAAGUUCGGCACCCUCUGCCACGCUGCAAAUGUAGCGUUCGUUUGCCUGGAGGCGGCUGACUCACCCGGUAUCGGCGAUCCCCAGGAAUAUCGUGAAUUUGCCGAGCAACAAAUUUACUAUAUGCUGGGAGGAGGCGGCAGGAGUUACGUGGUCGGUUGGGGUCGAAAUCCACCGAAGCAGCCACAUCAUGCUGCGUCAUCCUGCCCCGACAGACCAGCCGUUUGUGGAUGGCCCGAAUUCGACAAGGACGCACCAAACCCUCAAAUCCUUUAUGGUGCCCUGGUCUCCGGCCCCGACGAGGCGGACAAGUUUCACGAUCAUCGAGAGGAUUACGUAUACACGGAAGUCACAUUGGAUUACAAUGCCGGAUUCACGAGUGCACUGGCCGGAUUGUUGCAACUACGAGUUAAAAGCACUACGUAACGUGCGAUAACAGUUCGCUGCUUUUGGCCACGAACCAAGGAAUUACUUUACUCUCCAAAACGAAAUAGUUCGCGUUAAAAUAACGAAAGAAGACUUUUUCGUAAUUCAUACAUAAUCUGUGAAUACAAAAUAAAUUGGAAGAUAUUGUCAAAUGAUCUUUCGGAGAAGGAUUAUCUUUUGACUUUUAUUUUUUGAAAGCUGAAAGUUGAUAAUUUUAUGUGUAUAUCAGUUGAAUGAAAGAUAUUCCGAUUCUUGUUAAUGGUGACUAAUGUAUCGAAUGGAAUUCCAAAAUUUGCUAAGAGGAUCGAUGCAUUGUUAGGUGAUCGUUUUCGAAAAGUUCGAUGCAGGAUAGUAGUGUCUUUCAGUCGAUUAUCGAAACGUAUCGUUAAUAUUAUAUUUCUAUGUGAAUAUCAAUCGGGUAAAGGAUCUCUUGAUCCUUAUUGGUGGUGUAGUGUAUCAAAAGCGAGAUUUGUGAUAAAAGAUCAAUGAUUGGUCAUGGUGAAAUAAUCGUCCUGAAAAAAUUAGGUGGAUUGUGUGUUUAGGUUGAUAAAUACCUACUACUAGUAAUUUCAUCCAAUUAUUAUUUUGUGAAUAUUAUGUGAAGUAAAUAUCAAGUGAACGAUUUUUAAUUCUCGUCUGUAAUAUGGAGAAAUCGAAUAGACAAGUAAUUAAUUCUGAUAAUCAAAGGAAAGUGGCAAAUGUAUAUUCAUGACUAUGAAUUAAUUAAACAAGAAAAUGAAUUAAGUAAUUGCAGCCAUGAUUGAAGCGCCGUUAUGUAAGAUUGACUAGAUGUUUUAUGUAUGAUGAAUAGAAAUUUAUAUCGAUUGAACGAUUGGAUGUAAUUUAUUGAUGUAACGUUGAUUGAUGGGAAGGUGAAAUUAUUUUCGUUCUCAACGUACGAUUUUAUUGAAACGAUAUCUAGGCUGUGUAGCUUGACGCGCUUGAGUAUGGCUUUAAUAGAUUCGAUUGGAAAAUGUACAUAUAUAAUGUAGCGGUGUAAGGUAUGUAUAAGGUUAAUAGAAGAAAGGAGUUUAUUUAGGUACGAAACAUAAAACUUGUUCGGUAAUUAAUAUAAUUAAGAAUAUUAUGUAGUUAUAUUUUGUAGAACUUUCUUCGAAAAACUUUUUUAAAAUAAGGGAUGCUAUCGAUUGAUACGUCAAUUUCUAUACCAUUAUUCGCGCUAUUCUCGCUUCUGUUAAAGCUUUUCUUAUUGAAAAAUACUUUAUAAUGUACAUAAUAAUCGCAUAAAAAAUAUGAAAAAUUAGCUUCCUCGUUUAUUUAAUAGUUCUAUAAAUAUAGUGUAUUAUAAACUACAUAAAAGCGCGCAUAUGAAAAAAUUUCAAUAUCUUAGAGUUUUAUAUUCAUCUUCGGUUAUAAUUUACUUCUAAAUAAAUAUCUAAUAUUUCUUAUUAUUUUAUGCUUCAAUUAAUAUAAGACGAGCUUACUAUGUACGAUAGCUACGAACAUACAUGCGAUUAGAAACUAACAUAAACGAAGAACAAAGUAAUUGUUCCUGUUAUAGGCAAGAUAAUGUGUAUUUAUAUUAUCUUAAUUAUUUAACCUUGCAUAAUUUAUAUGCUUCCCAAUAUACUAGACUUAUGUAAUGUUAUACCUACUGAAAACAUCCUAUAUUGUUAUAAAUAAAUAGUCGAAUAUUUUCCAUAA